GAACGGGCAUGUUCUAUAUUUGAGAAAGCAAAUGGAGCAAAUGCACUUCUCCAUAGCUAAGGCCUUUUACAAUAUGGGCAAGCUCAAUGAUAGAUACUUCGAAGCAACGGAAAAAAAUGCGUACGAAAAGUGACGUCUUGGAAACAGACCCUAAAAACAGCGGUUGACCGGCGUUAUGCCAUCAACCCAUCCAGCAUCGUUAUGACAUUGCUGAUACUAAUCAUAUGUAGGGUCACUAUCAUGACCACAAUAAACUAAAACAACGACAGUUGUCUUUUCAACCAGCCCAAAAGCCUUUAUUUUACUCCAUCUUAAACUCAUCAAUUAAUAGUUAUUUAUAUGCGAUUCGGUCGUGAUUUUCCGUGGCAUGUCCUCUAUAUACUACAGAAUGACGUAAUAAAGUGGUCAAAAUGUUGUUGACUCACGAGGAGCAGCGACAUCAGGAACGCAAAAAUGAAAACUCAAACAGCGCGCACAUGGCAAAAAUCUCAACGUUUUCGAAAUUAUUGGGCGUGCGCACGUUGUUUGACGUCAUUCCCCCCUAUUUCCCCACGGCUGAGAAAAUUCCAGACACGCGCGCGUUGUGGUAUAAAAAUGGUGUCAGUGAUAACCGGUUGUCAAUUCACCCAUUCCAAUGUUCUAACCGUACCUUAACCGCCUCAUGGUAAUUAGUCGGAAAUAUAUAUUCACCUCCCCGCCAAGCACCUUCGGGUUAGUUACGUUUGGGAAUAUUAUUUGGAAAUAAAAUUGAGCACUUGAGUAGUGAAUUACGAACAUGAUAUUUUCAUCCAACGGACGGUUUCAGCUUCAAUGCACAGUGCGCAUUGCUUGUUGGUUAUAGGUGGGAAAUUUGUCAGUACAGUGUUGUUGUUGCAUUGCUUGGACAUUUUGAAUGAAAAAGAGCGCGUGCGUUGAUAGCUGGUAGUCAUUGAAGGCUGGAAGAUAAAAGGAAGUCACUAUAUUGGUUUUCUUUAGUUUCUUUAGAAUACCAAUAUAGAAUACCAGUUUCACUACGCACAAAGCGACGUCUUGACAAUAAAGUGAUGGAAGCUGAACGCUCUGGAAAGGAGGUGGUCCUUCUUAAGAGAGAGAUGGUUUCGUUCCUUAAGUUCUACAAAGAAGUCAAACUCCCGUCGCUGAGAGAGGAACAGACGCGCUUACAGGACCUCAUGAAUGCAGGUGGAAAAUCGUCGCAUGAUGAAAAGGGAUGCCGGUACUUGUCUGCAGCUACGCACACCAUCUCAGCCAAACUUGCGCUAGUUACGAACGGUAUUGCGUUUGCUAUGAGGCAGCUUACUGCAGGAACCGGUGCCUUUGCCCCGAUACUAUCAACUGAUUUGGAAGAAUUCCGACAGUUCUUGGUGAUGUCUGAAGUUGAUGUGAGAGAGGGUGAAGAUGUAGAAGAUCAGCCAGACGAUGGCGACGAUACUGACGAGCCUGAGUCUUCUGCUAGUUCGACAAAUGUAGCGCUUGAAGCGCUUAGUUCUCUUUAUAACGGGGCCAACGCCACCUGUUUCUCCUGAUGCACCCACUGCGUCAGUGUGGAGAUGGAGUCUUCCACCAACACUCAGCCAGGGAACCUUCAACGGGCGUAAUGGCAGUAAUGUUUGUAGUGUCAUUGCGCUCUGUUUAGGUUAUGCCCUUCAAGAAGGACUUCUCUUACCGCCCGACGUCAAUACAUCGUUAUCUGAAACCUUCCUGGGACGCCUUUGUAGUUGCAUCGAGCUGGGCAAAAGGAUCUACGACUUAUUCAGGCAAAGCCUUCCAUGCUGUCGCCUGUCCAUUUAGGAAGCCGCCAAUAUCACAGUUUCGUGGAUAAGUAGCAAUGUCGGACAGCAUCUGCCAGUUAGAUUAGCCGACUUGCACGAACCAUCAACAGUGACUUAUCAGUUAAAGCGAGCCUUUUCGGGUGGAGGAUUCAGUGCUUGCCUGAUGGCUGACGAGAAGUCUUCUCUGUUUCAUGCAUGUGAUGACCUGGUUAUCGACAUUGACAUCCACAGUCACGGACCCAAAAAAGGAGCAGUAAUAACAGCAGGACAUGCCAGAGCCAUUCCUGAACUGUGCUUGACAGUUUGGCAGGGGGAGGGCUUUUCUCCAAACUCCUUUGGAAAUUUGGUUUACGUAGAAUUUGCAUAAACGGUUUCCUUUAAAAUUUGCAGCCCACCUACUGAGAUUUCUGCAGGAUCUUUCUUUUUCUCCCUGCAAUGUUACAGGGGCAUUCCAAUUUUACAAUGGAUUUCCAUAAGGGUAUUUAAUUUUGACCCUAGAUUCCCACAGAGUUUUGCUAGGAGCCUGGAUUUCCACAGAUUAUUCUCGAAUUUUCACAGGAUUCACACGACAGAUUGUGGUAGAGCAACUUUGGGCUCCUCGAUAGGUGGAUUAUGAUUUGUUUUAAUGGAAUGGUCCAAUUUUCCUUUAUCACGUUAUUGUCGAUUAAUAAUAUCCAGUUGUUAUCAGCGAACGGAGCUCAGUAUUCUGUUUAAUACAUUGACAAUGGUAAACCUACCCGUGCGUACUUGCCAAAGUGACAUCGCUAUGCGCCUGACUAUGAUAACAUACGGUACGCGUAUCUAAAGCGGUUUUCGUAUGAGUGAAAAGAUCCGCGACACGGCACGGCACUGUCGCGGCGCAGCACGAAACCUGGCCUGCUGUAUUGAUACGAAGCCUUGUAUCUAGUCAGCAGGCCACAGGUUCAGCGCCGCGACCGCGGACAACCAAUUAAAUCGCAUUGUCGCAUCUUAAAACUUCUAGUCGUGUUUCAUUUAUUGCCAAUACAUCUGGCAUUUGCCCUUCUAUGACAACACGAAGCUCAUUAUUAGGCAUAAAUGGAUAGUUUGCAUUGGGGCUACUUCAAAUAAUAGGGCUACUAGUAAACAAGAAAUUUAAAUUUACUCACAUUCUAUCAUCGAAAAUAACAAUAUCGAGCAGCCAUUGUUAGUUUUUGUUUUACUGAAAAACGCUGACAUUUUACCCACUCCUUACCUGUGGAAGCCAAUCAGAAUGCAGGAUUCGUGGUAGAAUGUGAGUGGACUUAAUACAAUUGUUUUAUCUUAAGGAACAAAAUAUAACCUGACGAAAAGAGUGCCUAUAGAAAACCAAAUGUUCGUUUUUUUGUAUUGCGCGAAAACGUUUCGCAAACAUUUCAUGGUAGUAUAGAAAAAUAGUAUAUAUAUUUAUUCCAAGGCCUUAUAUUAGCUUUAAAUUAUAGUCAUAUUUUAGUUAUCAUAGUUGAAACAAGGCGUAAAUCAGAGUAUU